UCUGCAGUCGGAGACUCGCAGGCAGCAAAGACGGAGAGCGAAAAAGCGAACCGGGCAAAGCGAGAAGGGCAGCCGCGAAGAGCUUGCGUGAAGAGCACUGCACAUUAAAACACACCGCAGCCGGGAGCCCUUAGAUACGCACCGAGCAGCGGUAGCAGCAGCACGAGCCAGCCGCGAGGGCAAGCAGAAGCAAACGCCAAGCGCAGUCUCUUCUCUCUCUCUCUCUCUCUCUCUGAAUGUAUAUGCAUAAUAUCCUUAGCUUGAUUUAAACAUCUCCAGCUCACGCAUCAUGGUUUUUCAAACUAGGCUCCCUUCUUGGAUUAUUUUGUGUAACAUCUGGCUGCUUCAGUUUGCACACACGGGGGAGGCACAGGCUGCAAAAGAAGUAAUAUUGCUGGAUUCUAAAGCACAACAGACAGAGUUGGAAUGGAUUUCUUCUCCUCCCAAUGGGUGGGAAGAAAUUAGUGGACUGGAUGAAAACUACACACCUAUACGAACAUACCAGGUAUGCCAAGUCAUGGAACCCAACCAAAAUAAUUGGCUGAGGACUAACUGGAUCACGAAAGGCAAUGCACAAAGGAUUUUUGUAGAACUAAAAUUCACUCUGAGGGAUUGUAAUAGCCUUCCUGGAGUCCUGGGGACAUGUAAAGAAACAUUCAACUUGCAUUAUUAUGAAACAGACUAUGACACUGGAAGGAGUAUCAGAGAAAGCCAAUAUGUAAAAAUAGACACUAUUGCGGCUGAUGAAAGCUUUACCCAAGGUGACCUUGGGGAGAGAAAAAUGAAACUUAAUACAGAAGUGAGAGAGAUUGGACCUCUGUCCAAGAAAGGAUUCUACCUUGCAUUUCAGGAUGUAGGGGCUUGCAUUGCUCUGGUUUCUGUCAAAGUGUACUAUAAGAAGUGCUGGUCCAUUAUUGAGAACUUAGCAAUUUUUCCAGACACAGUAACUGGGUCAGAGUUCUCCUCCUUAGUUGAAGUCCGAGGAACCUGUGUCAGUAGUGCGGAAGAAGAAGCAGAAAACUCUCCUAGAAUGCAUUGUAGUGCAGAAGGAGAAUGGUUAGUGCCAAUUGGGAAGUGUAUCUGCAAAGCUGGUUUCCAGCAAAAAGGAGACAUGUGCGAACCCUGCGGACGUGGAUUUUAUAAGUCAUCUUCACAAGAUUUGCAGUGUUCCCGCUGCCCAAUGCACAGUUUUUCAGACAGGGAAGGAUCUUCACGAUGUGAUUGUGAAGACAGCUAUUAUAGAGCACCUACUGACCCACCGUAUGUUGCAUGCACAAGACCGCCAUCUGCACCACAGAACCUUAUUUUCAAUAUUAACCAAACUACUGUGAGUUUGGAGUGGAGCCCUCCUGCUGAUAACGGAGGAAGAAAUGACGUGACUUACAGGGUAUUAUGCAAGAGGUGCAGCUGGGAACAGGGUGAAUGUGUUCCCUGUGGGAGCAAUGUUGGAUAUAUGCCCCAACAAACUGGAUUAGCAGACAACUAUGUCACCGUCAUGGACCUGUUAGCUCAUGCUAACUAUACUUUUGAAGUUGAAGCUUUAAAUGGUGUCUCUGACUUAAGCCGUUCCCAGAGGCUUUUUGCAGCUGUUACCGUUACCACUGGUCAAGCUGCUCCCUCGCAAGUUAGUGGUGUAAUGAAAGAAAAAGUACUGCAAAGGAGUGUGGAGCUUUCCUGGCAGGAACCUGAGCAUCCCAAUGGAGUCAUCACAGAAUAUGAAAUCAAGUAUUAUGAGAAAGACCAAAGGGAGAGAACUUAUUCAACAGUGAAAACCAGAGCCACUUCUGCUUCGGUUAAUAAUCUGAAACCAGGAACUGUAUAUGUUUUCCAGAUUCGUGCUUUUACUGCUGCUGGCUAUGGAAAUUAUAGCCCUAGAUUAGAUGUUGCUACACUAGAAGAAGCCACAGCCACUGCCGUUUCCAGUGAACAGAAUCCUGUAAUCAUAAUAGCUGUGGUAGCUGUGGCAGGCACAAUCAUCCUGGUUUUCAUGGUUUUUGGCUUCAUCAUUGGGCGAAGACACUGUGGCUAUAGCAAAGCUGACCAAGAAGGAGAUGAAGAACUUUACUUUCAUUUUAAAUUUCCAGGCACCAAAACCUACAUUGACCCUGAAACCUACGAGGAUCCCAAUAGAGCAGUCCAUCAAUUCGCCAAGGAGUUAGAUGCUUCCUGUAUUAAAAUAGAGCGUGUAAUUGGUGCAGGAGAGUUUGGCGAAGUAUGCAGUGGUCGUCUAAAGCUUCCAGGCAAAAGAGAUGUUGCAGUAGCCAUUAAAACUUUAAAAGUGGGCUACACUGAAAAACAAAGAAGAGAUUUUCUUUGUGAGGCAAGCAUCAUGGGACAGUUUGACCACCCCAAUGUUGUUCACUUGGAAGGAGUUGUUACCAGAGGAAAACCAGUAAUGAUUGUAAUAGAAUACAUGGAGAAUGGAGCACUGGAUGCAUUUCUCAGGAAACACGAUGGGCAGUUCACAGUAAUUCAGCUGGUUGGAAUGUUGAGAGGAAUUGCUGCUGGAAUGAGAUACUUGGCAGAUAUGGGUUACGUACACAGGGACUUAGCAGCACGCAAUAUUCUGGUCAAUAGCAAUCUUGUUUGCAAAGUAUCGGACUUUGGUCUAUCCAGAGUUAUAGAAGAUGAUCCUGAAGCUGUCUAUACCACAACUGGUGGCAAAAUUCCAGUAAGAUGGACAGGUCCAGAAGCCAUACAGUACCGGAAGUUUACAUCAGCAAGUGAUGUAUGGAGUUAUGGAAUAGUCAUGUGGGAGGUGAUGUCUUAUGGAGAGAGGCCUUAUUGGGACAUGUCAAAUCAAGAUGUUAUAAAAGCAAUUGAAGAAGGGUAUCGUUUGCCAGCACCCAUGGACUGCCCAGCAGGCCUUCACCAGCUGAUGCUAGACUGCUGGCAGAAAGAACGUGCAGAAAGGCCAAAAUUUGAACAGAUUGUGGGCAUUCUGGAUAAAAUGAUUCGGAACCCAAAUAGCUUGAAGACACCUUUAGGAACCUGUAGUAGACCAAUCAGCCCUCUUCUGGACCAGAACACCCCUGAUUUCACAACAUUUUGCUCUGUAGGGGAAUGGUUGGGAGCAAUCAAGAUGGAAAGAUACAAGGAUAAUUUUUCUGCUGCAGGUUACAAUAACCUUGAGACAGUAGCCAGGAUGACAAUUGAUGACAUAAUGAGCUUAGGAAUCACAUUGGUUGGCCAUCAAAAGAAAAUCAUGAGCAGCAUUCAGACUAUGAGAGCACAAAUGUUACAUUUGCAUGGCACUGGCAUUCAAGUGUGAUGAGACAUUUCUCCCUUCCAAGGGAGGGGACAGACUUGAGAGAACAGUGCCAGCCUUCAGUCUUCAUGAAGUGCUGCUAGAAGACACGUGAUUUGACAGAGCCUUCAUGCGGAUGACAGAAGGCUCAUCAGAAGCACCUACAGACUUGAACUCCUAAGUGCCACCAGAAAGUUACUUAAAAGGGAAAACAGAUCUACUAAUGGCGGCAACAAAAGAAGUGACAAUAAACAAAGUACUACCUGAAACACCUACGAACACCUUGAACUCUCUAACCUCCUUUUUAUCUAAUGGACUUUUUAAAGUGUAUAUAAAGGAUUUUAAAAGAAAGAAUAUAUUUGUCAGAUAAAAAUCAUGAUAUUGUUAAAGUCAACAAAUAUUUUCCUUAAAACUUUCAUUUCAAACUUAUUUUAAGAAAUCAGUUGUUUUCCUUUUUCAUAUAGCUCUUUUAGUGUUGCAUUUAUAUCUUUGGACCUUCUUAGUGCUAAGCAUAUGACACAUUAUUACACUGGGGAGUUUUGAAAGAUUGUACAAGUUUCUAUAGCCACAAGAAGUGUAACAGGGAAAUGUGUAUCAGGCUAGCUACUGGGUGGGUGAAGCAGGGUUGGCCAGGACUUUUUUUUUUCCUUUUUCUAAUUUUGGCAUCUGUUUUUGUCUGUUUAUUCCACACCACAUUGAUGUGGUUUGCUAAUUGGCAGGAAAUCAGGAAAAAAAAAACAUUGCCAGGAGUUCUGAUAUUUUUUAAAAUAAUUUUGUAUAAGUAAAUCACACACUCUUCUUUAAACAGGAAAUGAAUAAAAUGGUGAACCUAGCAAUAAUGUUCCCUAAAAAUGCCUAGGCACUUUUAAAGAAAUGGUUUGAAAGAUGGUUUUAGUAGGUUGCCUGGGUUAAAGGAAGCUGUAGAACUGCAACUUUAAAUGGGUUGAAGCCCUUUCAUGGAAUGAUUGAUGGUACAGUAGGUAUAUAAACAGAACAAGUACAAGUACUAUAGUGUUGCUUAGCCUUUUAAUCAGAGCACAUUGGGUGUUUGUUCUUGCAGGGGAUUGGGUGUCUUUUUAUUUUUUCAACAAUGAAUAUUAGAAGGUCUAGGAGAAUAAUAAGCAUAUGGCUAAUAUGAGAUUAAGAUGAAUGUAGUCCCUCUUGCAGAAGUAAGAAUGUGAGGAUACAAUCCAGAGAAGAGUAGGCUUUCCGACAUUGCAUAUAAAUUCAGAAGAAAUUGCAUUCAAGUGGGUGGAUACCAGUGGUGUUCUGCUGCCAGUUUGGACCAGUUCUAACAAACCAGUAGUUCUGACCAUCCUC